AUGAUUCCGUACGGCCUGAAAGUGCCCAACUUGUCCCCUUACAUGCCCCUGGGUACUGCUCUCACCCAACUCCCAUUAGACUUUCACCGGGCGCAGCUUUACGAUUAUAACGCCCGCUUACAGUAUGGCAUUCGAAGCCACCCGACAUCGCUUGGACUUAGCCCUUAUGCCCACACAAUGGACACAUUAGGCCAUCCUUAUGUCUUCAAACAAGAUUUGAGAGCUCGAUAUAUCCAUGAAGAGCCGAAACCAAGUCAUAGCUAUAUCGGACUGAUUGCGAUGGCAAUAUUAAAUUCAAAGGAAAGGAAAUUAGUUCUCAGUGACAUCUACCAGUGGAUAUUGGACAACUACCCUUACUUUCGCACCCGUGGGCCCGGCUGGAGAAACAGUAUCCGUCACAACUUGUCGCUAAACGAUUGUUUUAUCAAAUCAGGCCGUAGUGCCAACGGAAAAGGACAUUACUGGGCUAUACAUCCGGCCAAUAUUGAGGACUUCACAAAAGGAGAUUUCCGGCGCCGACGUGCUCAGAGACGGGUACGUAAACAUAUGGGACUAUCAGUACCUGAUGACGAAGACAGUCCCAGUCCGUCUCCGACCAAUGCGGCUCCGAUCCCCAAAUGGCCGGAAUCAGCCCCUUUACUUGCUGCACCACCAUCGGACGACCCGAAAGAUGGUGCAGAUGCCGUUGACACUACCUCACCCGGAGGUUUCUCACCUGUGAUCGGUGACAACAAUAGCCCGAACGGCGGUGUAACCAGGGAGACCAAAUCGUGUUCACCUGUCACAACUUCGGAGACUCCGAGCGUCAAGAAACGACUCUUCGAUAUGGAGAGUUUACUCGCCCCGGAGACAAAGCGGAGGACGUGCCCUUCUUUUACUAAAGACGAUUUCUGCCGGACAGUGGAAUUGGUCAACGAACGCGACCGAGAAAACGUCAUUGGAGGUAGCUUAAACAGCAAUAACCAUAACAGCAGCAACAGCCCCAGCAAUAAUAAUAACACUAAUUCGAACAAAGGUACAGACGGACGAAUUUUUACGGAUAAAUUAUCCGGAAGAUGCGAUCCCCAAGAUGCAAUAGUAAAUAUAACGAAUAGCCAUCGAGUGAGUGAACUGCAUAAUGCUGGUCUGUUGUCAGCGGCCGAGAGUCUUAAGGCUUCAGCAGAACAUGCGAGUCUUCAGCAGAAAAUUGGAGGCUGCAGUGCUAGCGACCUCCUCGGUCCAAAAGCAGAUUCAGGGUACGUCAGUGCCUUCCACAGCAUGCUACCGUCAACGUGGGGGGCACUGUCAUCCUACGCUUACCCGAUCAUGGGUGGAACACAUUAUUCUAUUACAGUACCAGUGAGCAAUUUCUCGGGUCCUGCUAAGAAGUGGCCCCCAAGUCUAGCCGAUAUUGGACACCACCGGAGACACAGUCCUGACAAGGAAGUCCAGGUGGAUGUGUGA